AUGUCCAACACCACCCCGACCCCGACCCGCACCCCAACCGGCGCCCGCCCCGCCCGCCCCCCACUACCCCAGCUCCUCUGCCCCCUCACCCGCUACGGCCCGCACCGCCGCAAGCCCAAAGUCCCAGCCAAACCCCAAGCCCAAGCUCCACUACCACCCGACCCGCCCCCGCCGCCCAGCCCAGCGGCCAGCUAUCGCGGCGCCACGAUGCGGAUCGCCGUGACCGCCGACGAGAGGGUAGUCGGCGUCGAGCAAUUCGACUGUCUGCCAGAUCAACAGGGUAAAAAAGAAAAAGAAGCAGAAGCAGAACACAAAGCGGCAGACGGUUGGGUUGAAGUCGAUCUGACUGCGGAGGCAGAGGAAGUCAAGGAGGAGUUCGGUGUGGUUUCGCUGGAGGAGGAGAUCGGGGGGAGGAAGACGCUGUUGAAGGAUUCGGACGUGGAGAGGGUGAUGCUGGAGACGGAGAGGGAUAUGGAGGUGUUUGUGAAGAUGGUGAGGGCGCAGGGGAGGAGGGUGGAGAGGUGGGCGGGGCUGGUGGGGUUAGGGGGGUUGGUGGGUGGGGGUGGGAAGGCUGGAGGUGAGAAGGCUGGAGGUGGAGAGGAAGAGGUGGUGAAGGGGAGGUGGGGCCCGUAG